UCUGAGUGUGACAGGCAGUGUUCUUAUCCUGAUGAUGAGGCUCCUGGAUUAGGAUUGACCCCCAGUAGACAUUACCCCCUACAGCAACAUUCUGUCAAUGUGAAGUUGGAAUCUUUGGAAUCUGACAUUAAGAAGACAGUCAAAGCAUCAGAUUCAAGUCCUUCUGGAGAAGCUUUACAAGCCAAUGGCAGCCUCAUCUUAUCCCCAUUGGCUCAGACAUCUCCUCAGUGCAGAUCUCAACAGACAGUGGGUGAUAAGAAUAUGAAGAACCUGACAUUAGCAUCAGAGAAUGGGAUACCCACCUCUUUGCAGGAUGAUUCUCAGCCGGUGAUGAAACUAAACACAGCAGGUGUGAUCACCACUCCAACUCAGAUACCCAAUACGGACUUAACUACAGUCUACCAGACACCGAGGGAAUUGGUUAAAAGCAAAUGUAAGUCCAGGAAUGGUAAUCUGUGUCAGACACAAAAGAAGCCAUAUGAGUGUUCUGAAUGUGGCAAGAUAUUCCAAAAAAUGAGCCAUCUAAAAGAACACAGAAUAGUUCACACUGGAGAUAAGCCAUUUUCCUGUUCAGAAUGUGGAAAACAAUUUACUACCGUUGGCAGCCUUCGUAAACAUGUAACAAUUCACACAGGAGAGAAGCCCUAUUGUUGUUCAGAAUGUAGGAAGAAAUUCCGAACAAUGGGCAAUCUUCAGCAGCACACAAUAAUUCACACUGGAGAGAAGCCAUUUUCCUGUAUAGAAUGUGGCAAAAGAUUUACCACCAUUGGCAACCUUCAAAGACAUGUAAAAAUUCACACAGGAGAGAAGCACUACUGUUGUUCAGAAUGUAGAAAGUAAUUCCGAACAAUGAGCA